ACUCAUUCAACUCAAAGAGGUACUCGUAUCUUUAGAGAUCGAGAUCGAUUGGCGUAAGUUAUAUAAGUCACAUUAAAUAAAAACGACCCCAGCAAGACAGAAUCAUAUCUAUUCAUGACGGGUCAUGAUAGGUCUCUACAUCAUACGUGGUCCUCUAUGUCGGCCUUUGUUGGCUCGACCGCCGCAGCAGAUUUUUCUUAAACGACACAAAUUUACAGGGCGGACCAAGCCGGCCGAAAACUGGAGGACUUCCCUCCCCCAAACCCCGGCCAGGACUCGAUUCGCGCCCUCUCCAACUGGCUACGUGCAUAUAGGCUCGCUGAGGACAGCGCUUUAUAAUUACCUGCUCGCGAAGGCGACCGGCGGCCAAUUCCUACUCAGGGUUGAAGACACGGACCAGACUCGAAUCGUAUCAGAUGCAGAGACGAGAUUAUACGAGGAUCUAAAAUGGGCUGGCUUAAGCUGGGAUGAAGGUCCCGAUGUUGGUGGGAACUACGGUUCGUAUAAGCAGUCCGAGAGAUUAAAGGUGUAUGUCGAGCAUGCGGAAGAGCUCCUCGAGAAAGACCUUGCCUACCGAUGCUUCUGCACGCCCGAGGAGUUGGAUCAGAUGAGGGCCCUGAAUAUCGCAGAGGGUAAGCCGCAGAUCUACAACAGGACAUGUUCGCACAUCUCUCCAGAUGUAGCCGCGCAACGGGCAGCAGACGGUGAGCCGCACUGCGUGCGGUUUAAGUGCGGUCUGCAGCCCAUAGUCGACGAUCUCGUCUACGGAACCUAUAAGAAGCCUACCAUAGAAGAAGACUUUAUCAUCAUGAAGCGGGAUGGGUUUCCGACCUACCACUUCGCGAACGUGGUUGAUGACCAUCUGAUGGAGAUCACGCACGUUAUCAGAGGAGCUGAAUGGCUAGUUUCUACACCCAGGCACGUAGCGCUCUACGAGGCGUUCGGAUGGCAGAAGCCUCUGUUCGCGCACGUCGGAAUCCUAGUGAACGAGGAGAGGCAAAAGCUGAGCAAACGCCACGGUGACGUGGAUAUCGCAUCCUGGCGAGACCGAGGUAUCCUGCCUAGUACCCUGCUGAACUACGUCAUGCUGUUGGGCUGGAGCAUGGGUAGGGGUGUUAAGGGGCAGCAGGAGGUUAUGGAUCUGGAGGAGAUGGUCAAGAAGUUCCAUCUCGGCUUCACCAAGGGUGACAUCAUAGUCAACAAUAAGUACGAGUAUUUACAGAAAGCACACGUAAAGCGCCUCGCUCAGAAGAAGGGCCCAGACCAUGUCUCCGAGAUGCUCCUCCCCGUGCUCGUAUCCCGAGUGCAGAAAUACGAAGACGCCCGUGUUGCAGAACUCGAAGAGCUUGAAGGAGAGGAAUCUGAAGUGCUCGAAGAAGAAGAGCCUGAAGAACUUCAAAGCGAAGAAACCGAAGUGCCUCAAGGAAAGGAACCUGAAGAGCUUCAAGCUGAGGAAUCGGAAGGCCUUCCAAGCGAGCAGCCCAAAGAACCGAAACCAACGUCGGCCUCGGUCGUCAACCCCAAGAUCGUUUCCGAGCUCGGAGACCUCGUCCCUCUUGCCGAAGCCAGCGAGAGCGAGGACGAGAGCAUAACCGUUUCCGAAGAGUACCUAGACAAAGUCCUGCAGCUGGAUAUCCAGAACUACAAAGACGCCGAGUCCUACGUGACGCGCAACCGGUUCCUGAUCUGGCAGGUCCCCGAGGCCUUGUACCGCGCCAGCUUACAAGAGGAGAUGGCGGGCGUGCAGCAAAUUUUCACCGAUAUCGUGGACGUGGAUCCUGCCGAGGACAUAGAAGAAGAAUUCGAUAAUGAAGAAGAAGAAGAAGAAGACGACGAAGAUGGAGAAAUGGAAGAAUCCCGCAACACGCAGACCGUGUCGGAACUCACGGCCACGCUGCGCGACCUCCUAGAAGGCAUCGAGGCCUCGGAGUGGACCAAGGCCGGCAUCGAGGCUGCCGUCCUGCCGUUCCUCAGGUCCGUCUACGCCCUUCCCAAGCCCGCCGAUUCAACCUCCCGUCGCCCGGAGCCGCAGCUCUGGGGAUAUCAUCUCCUGCGCUGGAUCCUCGCUGGGUCGCGGCCCGGGCCGGCGUUGAUACCUAGCUUGACGGUGCUAGGUAGGGAGGAGACGAUGAGGCGGGUGGAUGAGGCGUACGAGAUUGCGAGGGAGGAGGAGGAGGCGGCGGAAGAGGUCGAGGAGGCUGAAUCGGAAGCUUAGGCUACGAUAAACAUCGCUUGCGAACUACUACUAUAAAUUACACACCAGUUUGGGAAGUCAUAGAAUGUAUUAAAAAAAACAAGGACCUGUAUAUAGGUAGGUAUCAAGUACAACAAAGCAUCAUGUACUCUGUAUUACUAUUCUUAUUCUUAUUUUUUUUUUUUUAUAAUCAAGCCUC